AUGGGACAGGUAGCGGCCUCUGCUACCCUUCUUUUCUUCCUUGGAAUCUUAUUGGAGCCUGUUAGCUGGUUGGAUGCAGCAAUACAGCCAUGCCCAGCCUCGUGCCCUUGUACUUUAAAAAUCCUCAACUGCAGCGUGACUAUCAAUUUUCCUGGUGUCAACCAUGUGCCUGUUCCAGAGCCAUUUCGUCAUCCCUAUUUAUUUGUCAUGCUGGAUUUUACUGGAAACACAAUUUCGUUCAUUAACAAACAGAUGUGGCGGGCCUAUCCUUGGACUGAAUAUUUGAUCCUCAAGAACAAUCAUUUGAGUAGACUGGAUAAUACGUCUCUAGAUGGCUUGCUUUCACUCACACACCUGGAUGUCUCAUAUAAUCAUAUCCAGACCAUUGAGAAAAAUGCAUUUGAACCUGCUCCACUUCUGCAAUCUAUCAAUCUCAGCGGCAACCGUAUUUUAUGGAUAACGCAGGGAGCUUUUCAGGCCUGGCACAGGAUGCAGUUUCUAUACAAGUUGUAA